UUUCUCUAUCCUUAUAACGGUAACAGACUGGCCAGUUCUACUAAAAAACGAAAGUGCCUGUAUAUAAGCGAAAUGAGAGUUCCCAAGCGUUCAUUUUCCUUUUGCCUUUCGUUCUCCUCUCUAUCCUUUCUCGAAACUUCCGUUUCUACUCCGGCUGCAAUUUCGCCGACAAAGGCAAGCCGCUUCGUUCUCCAGGUUGUGCAAUGGCUGGUGUGGGCUUGAAGGACCAGGAAAAACCACUUGGAAGAGAAAAUGCUGCUGAUGAUGGUCAGAGUUCUUGCAUAUGGGCUCCUAAAGGAGGCUGCAAAUUUGGUCGUUUUAAAAGGUAAUUGGUGGAUGCAGUAUUGGAUUUUAGGUCAUUUUAUUAUAACCCUACCAGAUUUUGGAAUUGAUAUUCUUACAAUGGGUCAUCCUGCUGUUCGCCCAGAGCUCGAUUCAGUAGAGCAGGAGGAUCAGUUGACCCAUGAAAUAUCUCUUCCGGAUACUAUAGAAGAUGAAGAUGCACUGAAUAUUUUCAAGCCAGAUCCCAAUUACUUAGAAAACGAAAAGAAGUAUGAAGAAUCGAAAAAGGCAAUACUAGGUGAUGAAUCUGAGGAAGAAGGGGAUUUUGAUGCUGAGUCUGUGGAUGAAGAUGAAGAUGAAGAUGAAGAGGAUGAAGUCGAUGACAAUGAAAAGCAAAUGAAAAUAGCCGAUGAGAUGGAAACAAACUUAGGCAACCUUCGAAGAAUCAUCUAUCUAACAAUAAUGUCAAAUGUGGAUUUUGAAGAAGCAGGCCGUAAACUGUUGAAGAUUAAACUUGAGCCUGGUCAAGAGAUGGAAUUAAGCAUAAUGCUUCUAGAUUGCUGCAGCCAGGAGAGAACCUACAAGUGUUACUAUGGGCUUUUGGGUCAACGUUUUUGUAUGAUCAACAAGAUUCACCAGGAGAACUUUGAAAGGUGCUUUGUGGAACAGUACUCGAUGAUUAAUCGAUUGGAAACCAAUAAACUGAGAAAUGUUGCCAUGUUCUUUGCCCACUUGCUUGGAACUGAUGCAUUGCCUUGGCAUGUUCUGGCUUACAUUCGACUCACAGAAGAAGAUACCACCUCCUCUUCCCACAUCUUCAUCAAAAUUCUCUUUCAGGAAUUAUCUGAACAUCUUGGGAUCCGGCUUUUGAAUGAACGCCUGAAUGACCCAACCAUGCAAGAGUCGUUUGCCUCUAUUUUUCCAAAGGAUAACCCGAACCACACAAGGUUUGCAAUUAAUUUUUUCACAUCCAUUGGCCUGGGUGGGAUCACUGAGAACCUCCGAGAACAUCUGAAGAAUAUGCCACGCCUCAUCAUGCAACAACAACAGAAGCCCACUUCCCCUGCUUCUUCCGAUUCAUCAGGCUCGCCAUCCAGCAGCAGCAACAGCUCUGAGAAAGAGGACCUCACCAAGAAAAAGCAGGAGGCAUUGAUCUGCCCAAAUGUCUGACUCUGUAUAUCAUCUUUUUAGACUGAGUUCUCUUUUUAAACAUUUUUCCUAAAACAAAUAGGUGACUUUAUACUUUCCCCACUGUUUUAUAUUUUUAUGCAACUCAGAAAUACUGCCUGAGUAUGAGUGUCUAGGAGACUGGUUUGCUUUUCUUGACCAAAAGUUUGCAGACAAUGCGUCAAUGCUUGCGUAGGUUAGUUCGAAAUGGAUGCUUAAACCAUGCUUACAGACUAGUGGUUAAUAUCAAACAUUCAAAC